AUGGGUCGGAAGGAGAUCGACUGCAGCUGGAAGAAAAUCACCAACGACAUCAAGGACAUUUUCGACUUCAAGGAACACCAAACACCACAUUCUGGAUUCUUCUUAGUCUCUCUCUCUCUGUCUUUCAGGAUAAAGCAUGAUAAUGUGGUGGGACUGGAAGAUUUCUAUGAAACGAGGACACACUAUUACCUGGUCAUGGAGCUGGUGUCGGGCGGAGAGCUCUUCGACCGUAUUCUGGAUCGAGGUGUUUACACGGAGAAAGACGCCAGCUGUGUGAUCAAACAGGUCCUGGAGGCCGUUUCCUAUUUGCAUCAGAACAGCAUCGUCCACAGAGACCUGAAGCCUGAGAACCUGCUGUACUACAGUCCAGACGAGAGCGCCAAGAUCAUGAUCAGCGACUUCGGUCUGUCCAAGAUGGCCGAUCACGGCGUGAUGUCCACAGCCUGCGGAACACCAGGAUAUGUUGCUCCGGAGGUUCUGGGUCAGAAACCGUACAGUAAAGCUGUGGACUGCUGGUCUAUCGGCGUCAUAACCUACAUCUUGUUGAGCGGCUACCUGCCGUUUUAUGAGGAAAACGAAACGCGCCUGUUCUCCAAAAUCAUGAAGGCAGAAUACGCCUUCCACUCGCCGUACUGGGACGAAAUCUCUGAGUCAGGUUUGUCUCAGACACUUUACAGACGCAGAAGCCUCAUAAACAUGAAGAGAUGUUACUGCCACCUGGAGGCCAUCAGCUGUACUUGGAUCAGUGGAGACACGGCACACAAUGACAACAUCGUUCAUUCGGUCUGUGAGCAGAUGCAGAAGAACUUUGCCAAAUCUAAAUGGAAGCGGGUCAUUAACGCGACGGUGGUGGUCAGUCACAUGCGGCGGCUCCAGCUGGCCCACGCUGACCCUCCGGCCCCGGCCCCGCUCAUCCAGGUGCUGGACAUCUCGUCUCCCGGCCCGCCCCCCGACGAGCUGGACACCAAUGGGAACCCCUCAUGCAGUCACAUGACCCUGUCGCCUCAUGCUGAUGUCAGCAGGGGGCGGGGCCCGCUCAAGGCCUGCAACAGCGAGCCGAUGCACGCGCUGGUCAUCUGUGAGACGGGGCAACACGCUUAUCGCUCCGAGUCCGACCUGCCCUGCACCGCCAACAGAUCGGACAGAGUGACAUGUUGCACAGAUGGGCGGGGCCAGUCCCUGCAGACCGGGGUUUGCUCUGUGAUGUGAUGGGAUGAUUGACAGCUGUCAGUCAAAUGAAAUCCUGCGCUCGUAGGAUGAUCAAGUGUGUGUUUUUCACGGACUUUUCGGGAUCCGUCGCAAGCCGAGUGCCAAUCGCACACACGUCUGCGUCUCAAAUCUUCAUCUCUCACUAGCGAAAGUGUAAUUUCGAGGAGUUCGAGAAUGUCAUUUCUUUCAGGAAUUCAGGAUGAGGCAGGUUUAUUGUAUUAUUAUCAUCCGUAUAUUCAUGUACGAUAGUCGUGUUUGGGCCGAUGGCGGUGCAUCAUGGGAAGGGCGGAUCACAUGUGCCACUGUUUUACUGUGAACGGCUGCAGGUUUGAGUGUUUUUAAGCUAAGAACUGUGUUUAAAUCUGAUUUUCUGAUUUUAAACACGCCGUUGUAUUCUCUAUAUUCAUGUUUUAUAAUUGCAUAUAAGAUGAUUGUAUCUGAUAUUUAGGGGCUUAUUACUGUAAUCCAUAAACACGCUGCUGUAUGUCUGUAUUAAAAAAACAUAAAAUGAUUUACACACCAACAUAAUAUCCUGGAGAAUUUAUCUGUGUUUUAAUGUCAUUUUAAUGGAAUUUUACCUUCAAAAGUUGGCUAUGUUUGGAAUUGCAUGCUAGUAUUCUACUCGUAUGAUAUCGUCUCCACUAUGCAGAAAUUUUUGUGCACAAAAUACCUACUAAAUUUGUAUAAAAGUGCAGUACUCUGGUGAUAUUUACACAAACGUAGAUUAGAAUAUGAAAUGUAAUAAGUAUAUAAAAUAUAUACCCAAUUUGAUUUUAAUUUUAGGUGAAGUUGAAUCAUUUUCCUAUGUGCUUUUAUUUUUUAUUUAGCUUUUAGUGAUCUUACUGGUUCAGUGAAUCGAUUCAAUCGAGUCAGCAAAUCAGUUCAACAAAUUGGUUCACUUGAUUCAGUGAUUUGACUCACUCCAUCCACUAUUUGACUCAACAAGUUGUUUCACGACUGAUUCAGUGAGUCAAUUCAUAACUCUGAUUCAGUGAUUCAUUUGCAUCGCCACUCAAAAAUGUUCACUGAAU